AUGUGGAACUCUCCUAAGGUUGGAAUUCUCGGUGGCGGCCAGCUGGGCCGCAUGCUGGUUGAGUCUGCCAAUCGACUAAACAUCCAAGCCAACGUCCUCGACGUCGAAAACGCCCCAGCUAAGCAGAUUAGCUUCCACGACGGCCAUGUCACUGGUUCCUUCAAGGAUCCUGAGGCCGUGCGAAAACUGGCCAAGUCUUGCGAUGUUAUCACCGCCGAAAUUGAACAUGUCGACACCUAUGCUCUCGAGGAAGUGGCUUCAGAGGUUCGGGUGGAACCAAGCUGGCAGGCUAUUCGGACCAUUCAGAACAAGUUUAACCAGAAGGAGCACUUGCGCAAAUAUGGUAUUCCCAUGGCAGACCACCGGGAACUGGUCAAGGGCACCGCGGAUGAAUUGGCAAAUAUUGGAGAGGAGUUGGGCUACCCAUUGAUGUUGAAGUCAAAGACAAUGGCUUAUGACGGCCGGGGUAACUUCCGUGUAAACUCAAAAGCAGAUAUCCCCGAGGCUCUCGAGGCUCUCAAGGACCGACCACUGUAUGCCGAGAAGUGGGCCUACUUCAAGAUGGAACUGGCUGUCAUGGUCGUCAAGACCAAGGACGAAGUCCUCUCAUACCCCACCGUCGAGACCGUCCAAGAAGACUCAAUAUGCAAGCUCGUCUACGCCCCGGCCCGCAACGUCUCGAACAAAAUCAACGAGGAAGCCCAAGCCCUCGCGCGCAAGGCCGUUUCCGCCUUUGAAGGCAAGGGUGCCUUCGGUGUCGAGAUGUUUCUGCUGGAGGACAACAGCCUGAUGCUUUGCGAGAUCGCCAGCCGAAUCCACAACUCCGGCCACUACACCAUCGAAGGCUGCGCCCUGUCGCAAUUCGACGCCCACAUUCGUGCGGUCACAGACCUCCCCAUCCCGGCCAAGAGCCUUGAGAUUCGCACCCCAUCCAUCAUGCUCAACAUCAUUGGUGGCGCUACCCCAGACUCCCACCUCAAGGCGGCUGAAGCGGCGCUCUCGAUUCCGAAUGCCAGCAUCCACCUCUACAGCAAGGGCGCUGCCAAGCCAGGCCGCAAGAUGGGCCAUGUCACCGUUACUGCUGCGACCAUGUUCGAGGCUGAGACUCUGAUCCAGCCUCUGAUCGACGUCGUUGACAAGAUGCGCGCCGAGCGCCCCGAUAUCAAGACCAAGGCUGCUGCCUCCGGCGCUCCCAAGCCCCCCCGCCCAGGUCUGAAGCUCCUGGAAAAGACCUUCGGCAUCGUGCCCGAAGUCGAGAUUACUUCUGCCCACCGCACCCCGGACUAUAUGGCUCAAUACUCCGCCCAGGCCGCCGCCCGGGGUAUCAAGGUGAUCAUCGCGGCUGCUGGUGGUGCUGCCCACCUUCCCGGUAUGGCCGCUGCUCACACAGCCCUGCCUGUCAUCGGAGUUCCCGUGAAGGGCAGCUCCCUAGAUGGAGUGGACAGUUUGUACAGCAUUGUGCAGAUGCCCCGCGGGGUCCCCGUCGCAACUGUCGGAAUCAACAACAGCAUCAACGCGGCGCUCCUAGCAGCCCGGAUUUUGGGCUCUUUUGACCCUGCCAUCCAGCGUAAGGUGGAGGAGUAUGCCGAGGCCGCUCGUGCCGAGAACAUGGAGCAGAAGGGCACAAAGCUGCGGGAGCUUGGAUGGGAGAAGUACUUCGAGCAGAUGUAA